GCACAUGGUCUUUAUUGACCUCGAGAAGACGUAUGACAAAGUACCGAGAAAUGUCAUGUGGUGGGCCUUGGAGAAUCACAAAGUCCCAACUAAGUACAUUACCCUCAUCAAGGAUAUGUUCAAGAAUGCGAUGACGUUUAUCCGGACAUGUGGUGACGACACCACUGACUUUCCUAUUAACAUAGGCCUACAUCAGGGGUCGGCAUUGAGCCCUUAUUUAUUUGCUUUGGUGAUGGAUGAGGUCACAAGGGACAUACAAGGUGAUAUCCCUUGGUGUAUGCUAUUUGCUGAUGAUGUGGUGCUAGUGGACGAGAGUAGAGCAGGGGUAAAUAGGAAGUUGGAGCUGUUGAGACGCACGUUAGAGUCAAAAGGGUUCAGACUUAGUAGGACCAAGACCGAGUACAUGAUGUGCGAUUUCAACACAUCUAGGCAUGAGGGUGGUGACGUUAGUCUCGAUGGGCAAGUGGUGGUCCAUAAAGACAUUUUUUGGUAUUUAGGUUCGAUGCUACAAAAGGAUGGCGACAUUGAUGAAGAUGUUAGGCAUAGAAUCUUAGCUGGCUGGUUGAAUUGGCGUCAAGCUUUUGGUGUCCUCUGUGACAGGAGGGUGUCACAAAAGCUAAAAGGUAAGUUCUAUAGGACAGCGAUUUGCCCUGCGAUGUUAUACGGUGCUGAAUGUUGGCCUACAAAAAGGCGACAUGUCCAGCAACUGAGUGUAGCAGAGAUGCGGAUGUUACGGUGGUUUUGCGGGCACACAAGGAGGGAUAGAGUCCGGAACGAAGCUAUUCGGAAAAAAGUAGGGGUGGCACCAAUUGAGGAGAAACUUAUCCAACAUCGGUUGAGAUGGUUUGGACAUGUCCAACGGAGGCCUCCGGAGGCGCCGAUGCGUAGUGGGGUGCUAAAGCGUGUUGAUAAGGUAAAGAGGGGUAGAGGUAGACCUAGACUAACUUGGGACGAGUCGGUUAAGAGAGACCUUAAAGAUUGUGAUAUCUCUGAGGAGUUAGCUUUGGAUAGGAGUGCUUGGAGACUAGCUAUCAACGUGCCUGAACCAUGACCUUUGUGUCUUUUGGGUUUCAUCUCUAGCCUACCUCAACUCGCUUGGGACAAAAGGCUAUGUUGUUGUUGUCGUCGUCUAUCCAUCGUACUAUCUCUAUUGGCUAUUGCUAUCAAGGGGUGACUCAGUAGUAGGUUCAGAAAAUAAUGGUCCAGUAGCAAUUUUCUUCUUGUGUUAACUUUUCAUAUGUUGUUGGUCUUCCUACUAAAAAAUGUUGGUCCAAAAACGAGUCAAAUCCAGUAGUACAGUAUAUUCUGCUUAAAUUGGAAGAUUAUUUUAGUCUGCAAUUUUUUUAUGUCAGAAAAUGCAAUUGAUUGAACUGAGUGAGACUUGUCCUCUAAGUUUGAUUGUCAGGUGGUGUAUUUAAGGCUAGGCUGGAUUCAGUUCUGUUUCAGUUUAUUUUCUAACCUAACUACUGAAUUUGGCUUUUGUAUUUGUUAAAUUUUUUCUCAUUGUUAUUACAGAUAUUCAAAUUAACAUGGUCAUUCCAUUCAAUAUUUUUUUACUUACAUAAGUAUAUAAUCUAUGUCCAUAUAAGGUAUAAUUUUAGUAGAUUCAUUUCAACUGAGUUGCAUCACUCCCCGUGCCCGCAAUGAUUGAUGCAAUGCAUCACGACUCGUGACAUCCUGGAACUUAUUGUGUCACUUGUGAGAAGUGCCAUUACUUGACUUUUCUUAUUUUCCCUUUCAAGAUUCAUUUUGCAUGCUUACUCAAAGCAACUGUGCCUCACAUUUGUAAUUGAAUACAUUUUACAUGGGGUCUGACAUAGCUAGCGGCA